UUCUUCACCGCGCCAAUAUAUAAUCGAUAUGGCUAAUCCUACGCCACGCUUUGCUGAUAUGCUCGUCAAUGCCAAAGCACAGGUUAUACGAACUUUCCGGACUUGGGCACUCGUAGCUCCAACAAAUCCAGUACCUGGGCAGAAUGUCAUCGCACAUACCGCAGGAAGUACAUGGCGCGGAAUUCCACCAGCGAACAGUGUUAUGGCUGUCGGGGCCGAAGGAGUAGUACACCUCUGGUGUAGAGUCAACAAUACCACUGGCAUCAUCGAGGACCGGGUCGUUGUCAAACAUGUGGUAUCUGGUCAGCUACGUUAUCAAGAUCAUGUCAAUUGGGUCAAUGGCCAGGUGGGAGGAGAACCUCUGGAAUGUCGUAACGCCAACCUUGUCUGGGCUGCCAUGCCUGUGGCCGAUCGACAGCAUAUCCAAUCAUGCUUGGGCUGGGGAGAUAUGGUCCAGCCAGGCGUGGUUCGACAGACUUACCAGUACAAGCUUUACCACGAGUACUGUCCCCACAGCAGUCUGAACAGAAUCAUGAAUAAUCAACCCAAAAGGAAGAAGAAGGGUGCCAUUAAANAGGGUCGGAAACAGUUUCCGGAGCCAUUCCUUUGGUACAUGUUCGAAUCCUUAGCAAAGGCUUGUGUAGCGAUGGACCAGACUUACAAUCUAAGAGGCCUAGUGCAUCAGUACGUGUUUUCUUCUUUGGUCCCGAAAAUACUACCACAUUCAAAGCUUACCCAGUGCUCAAGGNUGGCCGACUUUGGCAGUUCCCGCGAAAUCACCAAUCAAGUGAGGAACCGUGGUCCGAUCGUUCAGGAUGAUCCUGAAAAUUCAUGGGUCACUCCAAUACCCGCCGGUCACGGACUCACUUGGGAAGCUCCAGGCAUGAGAAUUGGCAAGAGGACAAACGUAUACCAAGUCGGCCUCAUAAUGGCGAGUGCGAUAAGAUUGAUCACGCCGCUGCCGGAGAACAAUUGGAGAGGGCAGCCGCCAAACUCAAACUACAAUAUCCCGGCAGCAGAUCAAUUGCACCAUGACCCGGCUGCGAUAGGUGUGCAAGAACUGCCACUAGCCAAACUGAGCCCAGGACCGAAAAAAUACAGCAACGAACUUAUCAGACUGGUUGCGCAGUGUCUGAGACACCGGCCCGUGGAUCGGCCUCUAGCAACUACCUUGUUGCAACGUAUUCAGCAGCAUGCAAAAUUCCAAGGGAUAGACGCAGUAACAUUGCCUGUGUCUGCUGACAUGAAAAGUCUUUGCAUCGAUCUCAACCAGGAUAAAUACGCGAUCAACACACCGUUC